AUGUCCGCGGCUGCUAUGAGCGGAUCCGACGCCGUCAAGGCCACUUCCUCCACCCAACCGGCGGCCUCCUCGAAACCGCAAGCGAAGAGCAACAGCAGCUCCGGAAAAGCCAUGGACGGCGCACGAAAGCAGACGGCGAGCCCCGUCGACGGCCAGAACAGAAAGCAAUCAACUCCACAACCACGGGCCUGGCAGGGCACCAACCCCAUCACACAACGAGCAUCUACCUCGACACCCAACGGCACACACGCCUCCACACCCAAACCGCAAACCCCGUCACAGCUGAAGAGCACCGCCGACUCGAAUACGGAGAAGCUCAUGCAAGAUCGCGCCCUCUUCUUAUUAGCAAACUGUGUUUCACACGACGCCACUGUCACACUAAAGAACGGCGAGCAGUACACCGGCGUCUUCACUGGCGGCUCUUUUGAGAGUAACAAGCAGCAAUACGUCUUGAAGAUGGUUCGCAGGACGCACACCCCGCAGCAGGUCAACGGGAACGUUGAUGCGACGAGCGAGUACCUUGGCGAAGGAGAAGAACACAAAAUGAUCUUCGACAAGGAAGACACCGUCGACUUGCACGUCCCUGGUGUCCAGCUCAACGCGGCACAGCCAGUGCAGAAUGGCUCCAUCGGCUCGUCCUUCCGCACUGACACAGAGAUCUCCGCGAGAGACUCCUCGCAACCACGUGAGCGCGAGCUGCAGCGCUGGGAUGCCGGCGCUGACUCGAACAUCGACAUGUCGCUCGAAGCUUCGGGCGAGACUGGUUGGGAUCAAUUCGCUGCCAACGAGCGCAUGUACGGAGUGUCAUCGACGUACGAUGAGAACAUCUACACGACCCAGAUCAACAGAGACGAUCCUCGCUAUAGACAGCGUGAAGCCGAAGCCGCCAGGAUCGCUCGUGAGAUCGAAGGCUCGGCUCCUUCCAACGCUCACGUAGCGGAGGAGAGGCGCAGAGAUGCAGAGCGUGGUGAGGGCUUGGAUGAGGAAGAGAAGUACUCCGGCGUGCAGCGGGAGACCUCCGCCCUACCCAAGCGAGCCACUGGCGCAUACGUGCCGCCAUCGCAACGCCCGCUCACGAAUUUACCCACUGUGCCUGGCGCUCCCUAUGAUCCCGCCAUCAUUUCGCUGGCCAAACCGUCACCAGCACCGACCCAGCAAACGGCGGCGACUGCGCAGCAAACACCCAAGAAUGCCUCAGGCCUGCGUACCCCCGACAGUACUUCGCAAGUCACGUCGCAAACCAGCAGCAGCCGAAACGUCACGGACGGGAGCCAGAGCGCAGCGAAGGCCACCGAGACCACCGCUGAAGACCACGUCCGCAACGUCAAAGACCAGUUCAAGCGGUUCGCGAACGAUGAGAAGCUGAAGGCUAAGAACGCGCAGGAGAUGAGGAAGAUGGGCAUGAAGGCCGACAAAGAGGUUAAGCUUAACGAUCUGCGGAAGUUUGCCCAAAUGUUCACGUUGAAGAGCGAGGUGCCUGAUGACCUCGUGCCCAUCCUCGCAAAGGAUCGGGAGAAGCAAAUCGAAAUUCAGCAAAAGGCCAAACAGGCUGCAGAGGACGACGCUGCUCGACGUAGCGAAAGGGAGAAGCGCAAGGCUGCCAGUGCCACUUCACCUGCACAGUCCAGCGCAGCGUCACAGUCCGCUGCCACAGCACCACAGGCCAGCACGGCUACUUCACAGGCCGGUACCUCGUUCACUCAGCCAGCCCCAUCGAGAACACGUGCAGCGCCCAAUAUGCGGAUCCCUCAAUUCUCUGGCCCAAUGCAGUCACAACAGCGGCCAGGCAAUUCUCAACAAGGCCGCCCAUAUGGUCGCAACGGAAUCCCUGCACCACAGCCACUACCAGCCGACUUGCGCAUCCCUCCGCCACGAGCUGCUGCUCCUGUCGACGCUGGUCCAUUGAGCCCAAGCAAAGGUCUCAAUGCAGGCGCCAAAGCUUUCGAGUUCCGCCCUGCAGCCAGCACUUUCACGCCGACCGGUGUAUCACCGAGCCCUCAGCGGAGCCAGGGCAAAGUUAGCCCUGCAGUCACCGAGACUGCGGAUUUCUUCCAGGGCAAGAAGCCCGCCGGACGCAAGAGCAAGAAAGGGCCCAGUGAAGCCACCAACCCCCUCAAGCGUAUGCUCAAGGCAGAGCACCCUGAAGAGCUAAAGAAGGCUUUCACUACGAACGGCGGCAUUCCACAGCCGUACCGCACCCCACCAACCUGGCCAUUUGAGGAGGCUCACAUGAACAUGUCGUACCAAGAUUCCAUCCCCAAACCUCCCAGUCAGACACACUCGCAGAUGCACACGCCGAGCCAGAGCACCAGCCAGAUGCCGCAUGCUCAUCAGAUGCAACCUCACAUGCAUGGCCAGCCUCCGACACCCUCUCAACGCCCACCUUUCUUGCCGCCACCACAUCACUCUCACCCGCAGGGCUAUGGGCCUGGCAUGCCGCACUUCGGACCCAACGGCUCUGUGCAGAACUCGCCACGCUUCCAACACCAGCAGAUGGCGUUCAACGGACAGAUGCAGGGGAUGCCGAUGCCACAAUUUGCCGGACAGCAGAUGCAAGGGUAUCAGAUGAGCCCGAGCAUGCAGUACCGGCAGAUGAACAUGCCGCCUAACGGGCCCAUGAUGAUGCAUCCGCAGAACCAGAGUAAGUCGCGUCAUCCACACGACCGGGAUGCCGUUACUAAUGAUACCUCAGUGCCAGGCCACCAAGGCUUCCAGCGCGGCGGACCGCCACAGGGCUACAACCAACAGAUGAUGCCCGGCACGAUGCCCAACCAACCUCACGGCGGUAACUUCAUGCCGGGCGCACCUAUGCCUGGUCAACACCCCGGUCACAACCCCCAACAGCAGAACUUCUCUCCCAUGCCACCGCACGCCCAACCCCAGAUGCACCCUGGCGGCUACGCCGGCAGCCCUCGGCCUUCCGGCCACAUGAUGCAGCAUGCUUCUUCCCACCAAGGCUUCCAGCCCCAGCAUAACAUGGGCGGCAUGAUGGGCGGAGGCAUGAACAUGAACAUGGGCCAGAUGGGUCCCGGCGGACAACAGCCGGGGCCGCCGCAUUUCCCUGGACCCGGCGUCCCGCAUCCCUACCACCUGCAGCACCGGCAGAUGAGCCAGGGCGCUUACCCGCAGAUGACGCCGCGCGGAGGGCAUGCGGCGCCGGCGAUGGGCCCGAGUCCCGGACAUGGUGGUGGUGCGAUGGGCGGGCAGGGGGAUGAGGGGAAAUGA